AUGGAUGGAGAGGAGAAAAGAGAUGUGUACUACAGGCUUGCAAAGAAGAACAAAUACAGAGCCAGGAGUGUGUACAAGCUCAUGCACAUAGACGAGGAGCACGACAUAUUCCGAGACGUUGAAGGUGUUGUAGAUCUGUGUGCAGCACCUGGAAGCUGGUCCCAGUAUGCAUCGGAGAAGUUGUUGAAAAGAAACAGAGGCGCAAGGAUAGUGUCUGUGGAUAUCCAGGACAUCGUUCCCAUAGAAGGCGUGAUGUGCAUCAAGGACGAUAUAACCUCGGCGUCAUGCCUGGAAAAGAUACUGGAGGUGCUUGGAAGGCCAGCAGAUCUUGUGAUAUGUGACGGAGCCCCGGAUAUAACGGGAAUCCAUGAGAUAGACGAGUAUCUGCAGAUAGAACUCCUGAAAUCUGCGCUUGCCACCUCACUGAGAGUCUCAAGGCCAGGGUCUUCAUUUGUGGGUAAGUAUCUCCGGGGGGAAUGCACUCCAUACAUUGCCGGCCAUUUCAGGAAGUUCUACGGUGGCGUCACCCUGCUGAAGCCAAAGGCAAGCAGGACGGAUUCCAUGGAGUGCUUUCUAUACUGUACGGGGAUGAAGGACACUGGUGCUGAUCCUUAUGAGAUUGACAUGGCCGCCGAGUGCGUCGACACGCCGAUAUCGCUUUGUGGAUAUGGGAAUGAUCCAGGGCUUGAGUACACGGUAGACCAGAACAGCUAA